AUGUCUGUUGUUGCUGAGGAAGAUGAAAUGAAAACCAACACUGAGACCUCGUCUGACUAUUUCGGCAGACCCUUUGAUGCGGUCGGUGAUGGCAAGGAAGUCGACGCUUCACCAAAACCAUUCGGCGACUCAUGGAGGUUAACUCCAUCCCUGAUGGACCCCAACUCUUUCGCAUUCAGCGCAUUUGCGAAUCAGCCGCCUGGCUACUACACACCAACGCCUGGCGGCUUCAACACCCUCUACCACAGUCAGGCUGGCGACUUACACACGCCUGGAAUGGGCAUGAACACGCCUUUAUCGAUGCCGCAUUCGUUGCAUAGCCUGCACGCUGCCGACACAACGAUGCAUCUCCAGCACUUCAACCCUCAGUUCCUCCACCAGCACCACCCCCAGCUGUUUCAUGAUCCUUUCGGACAACACCAUCACCAACACCAGCAACAGCAUCAGCAAACAUAUGCGCCCCACCAGUUCUUACAACAUCAGGAUUCAGGAUAUGUUGAACUGGAUGGGUCUCCGCACAAGACGACUCCACAAGAGAAUCAUAUGGUGAUGGCACCAAGUGUUCAACAAGGUAUCCAGACAUCAAUGGCAGUCAUUCCAUCGAUACCUAACAUGCCUACGGGUGGAGACAAGUUUCGCUUUCACACCACGUUGAAUGCGCCAACAGCAAUGAUCAAGCACUCCGACGAGAUUCCCGUGACCUACUUAAAUAAGGGUCAGGCCUACACUCUGUCAAUAUUUGACACAAAAGCACCAAUGAUGCAGCUCAGUGGACCAGUCCGGUACAGAACAUUUGUGCGCAUCUCGUUUGAAGACGAGCAACAGAGAGCGCGGCCUGGGGCAUGCUGGCAGCUUUGGAAGGAAGGCCGCGGAACCAACGAGGCACAUCAAAGAGGCGGCAAGCUUCUUGCCGUGGAAUAUGUCGACCCUAACCAAGGUGGUGACGAUGCGAUCCGAAAGUCCCAGGUCGAGCUGGAGCAUGCGUCCUUCGAUGGUUUUGCAGUGACCUGGUAUCCGAAUCCCAAGAACGCCAUCGGGGUUCCCGACUUGACCUUGUCCUGCCGCUUCAACUUUCUCUCAACCGACUUUAGUCAUUCGAAAGGAGUCAAAGGGAUCCCAGUCCGCCUGUGCGCGAAGACUGAGCUACUCGUGCCGCAAGCUAAUGAGGCCAAUGACCCCGAGGUCUGCUUUUCGAAGGUCAAACUCUUCCGCGAUCACGGGGCUGAGCGAAAACUGUCAAACGACGUAGCUCACGUCAAAAAGACGAUCGAAAAGCUCAAGCAACAGAUUGCACAGGCAGAAGCCGGCUUGGGUGGUUCAGGAAAGAGGAAGCGCAGCGGCUCUACGGUCAAACCUUCAUCCUCGAAACCUGGAAAGGUCCUGAAACACAAGCGGACGUGGAGUGUGGACAACUCGGACGUCGAAGUUGGUCGCUCUGCCGCCGAAGAGGAUCUUCACAUGAAGCUCGUCAGUAUGCAGGAUAUGUUUUCGUCGACUCGUCCGAUUAGCGUACUGUACCUUCAAGGAGAGCCUGAGGACGAUCCAGAUCUGUUUCCCGUGAAGCUCACAGGCGGUGAUGUGGUAGAAAGAAACAUCAUGACACGGACAGAGACCUGGGAGUCCAAAGCCAGCAUUGAAUCUCCAGUAUCGAAUGCUUCACCUACAAGCAGUUCCUCAACACAGGUUACGCCGAAGCGGAAAUUCUCGGAACUGCAACAAUCCACAAUCGUCGAAGAGGCAGACGAAGACAGCGUCAUCAGCAGCCGCCAAAGAUCACCUAGGCCAACCAAGAUUCCGAAGUCUGAGGCGAGCAAACCAGAUCUGCUUGCACUGGACGUCGACAAGACCUACGAGCCACCCGCGGAGCCAGCGAUUAAACCAGUUGCGUGCUUCUAUGUACGGCAGAAAGAUGAUGGGAAAGACUACUAUCGUGCAGUCUACCUCACGCAGCGGACCGUACACGAUCUCGUAAACGGUAUCUCGCAGAAAUUCAACAUUGACGCACAUCGGGUAACAUCCGUCAUGCACGUCAAUGCAAAAGGAUUGCACAUUAUAGUGGACGAGGAUGUGGUCCGAGAGCUUCCUGAAGGCCAGGACAUGCUCGUGGAAUUCGCGCCCGGCCAGACUGGGGCAACUGCUGUGAAGCAGGAAUUCGCGUCCAAUGCCGUUACUGAAGCAAUGGUCGACGGCAUAAUCGAUCCGGCGACGACUGCAGUAUCCGAUCCGUUGGAGAUGUGGCUAAACUACUGA